UCUGCCAUUAGAAUACCCCAAGUCUCAUCAACUCGACCUAUGUACAUAUAUGCCGAUUUCUGUCACCACUCCUGACAUGUCAUCCCUUCCCGAACCCCUCAUGACCAGUGCCUCAUGCUCAAUACCCUUCAUGUGUUUGCAGUAUGCCUAUGUAAUUCUCUAUUUUCUUUUUACCCCGUUCAUUCCGCAGGUUCGAAGUUAGUCCUUAGUUGCUGUCGGAGAUGUGUUAUGUGUGGAUGCCUGGGAUGCCCGGCCUUUGCAUUGCCUGUGUCGACGUCAGACUUUUGUGUAAUGCGGCUUCCACCUUUUGUGUGUGAUGUAUUAGUCUACCGCUUAGCAAUGGGAUGUUUUGCUGUCCCGGCAUUCUCUAACGGAUACCGCUUAGAUGGUAGAUCAUGCUUAUGUGUCUUACAUGACUGCUAAAACUAUGGACCGCCCAGCCUCACCAAUUCAAAACGUUUCAUCCUCUAUACGCUGGACCCUUUGGAUGAUGCUAGGGCUCUGUUCGGCCGCAAUAUCGUCUGUUGUGUCAUUUGCCCCGGCGGUAAAUAGCAAAUCCUCGACGAUCCGUCUGGAUGCUUCUUUUGCUGUGAAUCAUCAGUCAGCCUGUGAGAUUA